AUGACACGCAAACCCGUCAUCGCCGUCGCAGGCCUCGCCUGCGAAACCUCAACCUUCACCCCCUCGCGGACCCUCGCGCCAGCCUUCCACCCCAAACUCGGCGAUCGGGAGAUCUUCGCAAAACACACCUUCAUCGCGCCCGGGACAGCGCUGGGCAGUACGGCCGAGUGGCACGGCGCUCUGAUCGGCCACGCCUUGCCCGGGGGCGCGGUGACCCGCGCGGCGUACGAGGAGCUCGCAGGGGAGAUUGUUGCCCGGCUGACGAGGAUUGUUGUUGACGUCGGCGGGCCGCUCGAUGGGCUCUGGUUCGAUAUCCACGGGGCCAUGUGCGUGGAAGGCAUCGAUGAUGUCGAAGCGGAGCUGCUGGGACGGAUCCGCGAGGUGGUUGGGAAGGACGUCGUCGUGUCCGCGUCGUUGGACUUGCAUGGGAAUGUCUCGAGGGAGCUGGUGCAUCGGGUGGAUUUGAUCACGUGCUACAGGACAGCACCGCAUGUCGAUGUUGUGGAGACGCGGAAGCGUGCUUGCAGGAACCUCGUUGAUGUUUUGGAUCGGAGCGCUGGCUUGAAGAGGCCGUUGAGACCGUUUAAGGCAUGGAUUCCUAUUCCAAUCUUGCUGCCCGGGGAGCAAACCUCUACUCGGCUAGAACCCGCCAAGCACAUCUAUGAGGCCGUGCGUGAGGUGGAAGCCAUGGAUGGGAUCAUCGAUGCCGCCGUAUGGGUCGGGUACGCCUGGGCUGACGAGCCUCGGAGUCGUGCAGCGGUUGUGGCAACGGGAUGGGACGAGGCUGCUGCGUCCAGGGGCGCAGAGAAGCUCGCCAAGAUGUUCUGGGCAGCUCACAAAGACUUCGCUUUCGUGGCGCCUACAGGGUCAUUCAAAGAGUGUCUCGACGCUGCAUUGGUGAAGGGAGCCCGCCACCCGUAUUUUAUAUCGGACUCCGGGGACAACCCGACUGCUGGAGGUUCUGGUGAUGUUUCGUGGGGGCUUACUCAGCUUUUGGCUCGAACUGAAUUCAAAGAGCCUUCUGGCCCAACAGUAAUAUAUGCCAGCCUACCGGGCCCGGAGGCUGUUCGGAUCGCUGUAGAAGCGGGGAUCGGGGCCACAGUGACAGUAACAGCGGGUGCCGAGAUCGACAAUUUGCACGCCGGGCCCGUUACGAUGACCGGGAAAGUCCACUCCAUUAAGUACGGCGACAAAGAUGCUGUUGUUGAAGUCGUGAUACACACAGGGAGUGUAUUCGCUAUUCUCACUAGGCUGAGGAAACCUUACCAUCACGAAAGCGAUUUUACCGAACUCAACUUGAUGCCUCGCUCGGCCGACAUUGUGAUUGUCAAGAUCGGGUACCUGGAGCCGGAACUGUACGAUAUGGCUGCAGAUUGGAUGCUUGGACUCACGCCGGGAGGAGUGGACCAAGAUAUCGUGCGGCUGGGACAUCGCAGGAUUCGGAGACCGAUGUGGCCUUUCGACAAAAAGUUCGACCCGUCCCCAGAUCUAAGGGCGCGGGUCAUUUCACCAUCUGAUGAAGUACUUGAGGGGCCUGAUGAAUGA